AUGGAGGAGACACCUGAGCCCAAUACGGCCGCCGUAAACACCACCAAUGGCUCCGAGCCGCAAGACUCUUCCCAGGGCUUACCCCAGAACUCAACCCAGGAUUCACCCCAGGACUCCUCGCCAAGAGACUCCACCGGUCCAGAUGUAUGGCUCGUCGGCGGCGGCAUCGCCUCGCUGGCUGCCGCCGUGUAUCUGAUUGACGAUGCUCAAGUUCCCGGCGACCGCAUCCACAUCCUCGAGGCGUCGUCCAAGCCAGGCGGCUCCAUGGCCACCUUUUCGAAGCCGUCGUGGGACACGGGAUACCGCGUGUCGGCCAUCCGAAAGUUGAGCCUAACGUAUAGGUGCUUGUACGGCAUGCUUGAAAAGGUCCCGGCAACGACGGAGGGGCAGACGCUGGCAGACAAGAUGAAUCAGUUCAACCGCGCCAGGAGAAAGCUUGGGGCCUCGGGGACGAGACUCGUCAGGCAGGUCGUGGACAGCAUGGGAGUCGACCAUCCGGAAGCAGUUGACCUGAGCACCAUGGGUCUCAGCGUCAAGAACCAGUGCGACCUGAUGCGGGUGGUGCUGGAGACGGAAGAGGAGCUCGAGGGACUUGAGAUCCAGGCCUUGUUUGCGCCAGACUUUUUCGAGACCAACUUUUGGGAUCUGUGGUCGUCGCUCAACCGGUUCCAUCCUUGGUGCAGCGCCGUCGAGUUCAGGCGCUGCUUGCACCGCUUCCUCCACGAGUUCCCCAACAUGGGCACCUUGUCCGGCGUCGAGCAAGCUCCCGAGGAGGACUUUGAGGCCAUUAUCAAACCGCUGUCCCAGUAUCUAAAGGCCAUGGAUGUGGAUUUUAGACAAGGCGUCCAGGUUACUGGGCUGGACUUUGAGGACAUGGGUUCUGAUUUUAGGGCAUCCGCAAUCAGGACAGUGCAAGGGGGUUCAGACGUCGAGCUCAUUCUCGGACCUUCUGAUAUUGUCCUUCUCACCCUUGGAUCACUCACCUCUGGCAUGGGAUAUGGUUCCAACACCAAGCCGCCUCCGACGAUGGAGCUUCGAGACUCGGCUCCCCACGAAUUGGACCCUGCGUGGACUUUUUGGGACCAGCUCUCCUUUGAGCGCCCUAGGACGUUUGGAAACCCCGAGGCAUUCUUCGACCGGCCCUCCAAGUCGACUUGGCUGUCCUUUACCACCACUCUUCGGGACGGGGCGUUUUUCCAGCACCUCCGCGACUGGACUGGCACGUUGACUGGGGCUGUGCCUCUCAUCACCUUUAGAGAUUGUCCUUGGAUGCUCUCCCUCACCAUCCCGCAGCAACCUUACUUCAAGGACCAGCCAGACGACGUGUUUGUGUUUUGGGGAUACGGUCUGUUCCCCGACCAAGCAGGACGGCAUGUAAAGAAGCCCAUGCUGGAGUGCACCGGCGCGGAGAUUUUGACAGAACUUCUCUGUCUGAUGGCAUACCCCAUUCAUCCGACACUCGAAAAGUCCAUCACAAUCCCGUGCCUCAUGCCCCUCAUCGGCAGUCCGUUCCUUACUCGAAAGAAAGGAGACCGCCCAAAGGUCAUCCCCGACGGCAGCAAGAACCUCGGGUUGAUGGGGCAAUUUGUCGAGGUUGAGCGGGAGGUGACCUUUACCAUGGAAUACUCUGUGCGAUCUGCCCAGCUCGCCGUGUACGGGCUCAUGGGAGUCGACAAGCAGCCGCCGGGAGUCCAGGGCGAGGACCACUCGGUUGUAACGUUGGGAAUGGCACUCAAGACCAUGAUGACCUGA